AUGCCAAUCGAUAAAUCGUGGCCAGGUUACAAGAAAGGUACCAUUCCUGACGAUGGAUUCGAAUGGAUAUGGCAAGAAGCUAUCCCCGCGGAUGAGCCAGACAGACCUGUGAAAGUGGUUACCAUCCCCUUUGGAUACGAGAAGCGCGUGCUGCCUCGAGGAUGGCAGAAAACGCCCGAGAACAUGCCAUUGGAGCUUGAGAUAAUUUUUGAGAAAGAUAUUGAGAUCGUCAUGCGGGACGGAGUCAAAAUAUACGCCGACAUCUAUCGGCCUGCUGAUACGGGCGGAAAGAAAAUUCCAAUUAUUAUGCCGUACUCACCAUAUGGCAAAGGAGGCGGUGGCGCGAACCUGAUGGAUGUGGUGCCCUAUCGAGUGGGGGUCCCAAAGAGUCGUCAAAGCGGUCUGGAGAAGUUUGAAGGUCCUGAUCCUAACGAAUGGUGCCGCCGAGGCUACGCCAUCCUCGACCCAAAUGCCCGAGGAUCGUUCGAUAGCGAAGGGAAUUUACAUUAUUUUGGCCGCAAGGAGGGUGAGGACUGUUACGACAUUAUUGAAUUUGCCGCGAAAUACGACUGGUGUAAUGGAUCCGUUGGCAUGGCUGGCAACUCCUGGCUCGGUAUCGUGCAAUAUUGGGCUGCCAUGGAGCAACCGCCUCAUCUCAAAGCCAUUGCUCCAUGGGAAGGUCUCAGCGACGUAUAUCGCGAUUUGUGCCGUCGGGGAGGAAUUCCAUGGGCACCUUUCUUAAAAUGGGUGCUCAUGGGUAUCCCAGGUCGUGGUCUUCAAGAGGCUGUCACGGAAAUGGCCGAAGCUCACGAGUUUUAUGAUGCGUAUUGGGAAUCAAAAAGGGUUGAUUUCAGUAAAAUCAAAAUCCCGUCUUAUAUCCUCGGAUCAUACUCGACGAUGCUGCACACAAUAGGCUCGGUCAGAGCAUGGAGGGAUACUGACACAGAUAAGAAAUGGUUGCGCUUCCAUCCUCAUCAAGAAUGGUACGAAGACUAUCACUAUCGCUCCAUUGACGAUUUGGAUCGCUUCUUCACGAGAUAUCUGAAAGGUGAAGAAAAUGGGUGGGAGAAUACGCCCAAAGUUCGCGUUUCAAUGUAUCGAUUUGGUGAAAAGUACUCUCUAUACGACCAAGUCGAAACGGACUAUCCGAUCCCUCGCACCAAGUACACAAAGCUAUACCUCACAUCGAAUCAGACUCUGCAAAACUCACCUGGUACAGAGGAAGCGGUUCAUUCUUACGAUUCCACUAGCGGCGAUAUGGUAACAUACGACUACAUAUUCCCAGAGCGAACAACGCUCGCCGGGUUUUCGAAACUCAAAGUUUUCGUUUCUUGUCAAGAGCACAACGAUCUCGACAUUUACGUCAUGUUGCGGAAGCUGUCAAUUGAUGGGGAGCUGAUGGAACAGUCGAAUGUGCCCCUCCACGAGCUCCCCGUGAAAUCCGUCAAAGAAGUUGCCAAUGUGAACCCAACAAAGUAUCUCGGUCCGACUGGCAUCCUCCGGGCUUCUCACAGAGAGCUCGAUUCGCAACAGUCAACGGAAUACUGGCCAGUCCACCCGCAUUUGCGUGCCGACUACGUCGAGCCUGGAGAUGUUGUCGAGAUGAAUAUCGGCAUCUGGCCGAUGGGUAUCAUCUACGAGAAGGGCGAGGGACUGCGGCUGCAGAUAUCCGGAAAGACAAUGGUGCUCCCUGAAUGGGACAACCCCCACGUCAAGCGCAUGGAACCGCAGUUUAACAAAGGACACCACAGGGUGCACCUAGGCGGAAAGUAUGCAGAGAGCUUCUUGUUGUUCUCCAAAUCAUUUGAGAAUCCAUUUGAGCCAGCAAUGAUAACGCCGGCUGCAACCGUACAAUACCUCAGCGGCAUUCGGCCUAAUUGGUUAUCAGGAGGUGCUUCCGGGUUUGGAGCAGCCACAGCUAAAAGAUUUGCCGAAGCUGGAGCCAAAGUCGUCAUAUCUGACAUCAAUCCUGAUGACGGAGCACGCAUUGCUGAGAGCUCUCCCUCAAUAAAAUUCUUCCAAGGCGAUGUCACCAAGGCGGAAGAUUGGCAAAGGCUUCUUGGUUUCAUCCUCAAGGAGUUUGGAAAGGUGUCGAUCCUUGUCAAUAACGCCGGCACCACAUAUCGGAACAAACCCACACUUGAAGUUACCGAGCAGGAGUUUGACCGCGUUGCUAGCGUCAAUUUGAACUCUAUUUUUCAGGCCAUACGCAUUAUUGUGUCGCAUCUGAUCGAAAGGGGCAGUCUUCAAGGUCACAAAGGGUCUUGCAGCAGAAUUUGCCCCUCAAGACAUCCGAGGAAUUUAGUCACUCAGCAACAGGCAAUGUCGCCAAUCACUCCAUACAAGAUCGAUAUACCAGACGAGAAGAUCCAACGUCUUAAACAACAGAUCGCGCUUGCCGACUUCCCCGAUGAACUUCCAGACGUCGAACCUUGGAGUCGGGGAAUGCCUUUGGCUGAUCUAAAGCGACUCGCUGCUUAUUGGAAAAAUGGCUUUGACUGGCGUAAGCAAGAAGCAAAAUUGAACGAACUCCCCCAAUUCAUGACACAGAUCGAUAUUGAUGGCUUUGGCACCUACAAUAUUCACUUUGUGCAUCAACCAAGUCCGAUGAAGGAUGCUAUCCCGCUUCUUUUCUGUCAUGGAUGGCCGGGAAGUUUCGCCGAGAUCACGAAGAUCCUCCCGAUGCUGAUAAGUGGAGGGAAUGAUUCGCCAUCAUUUCACGUUGUUGUUCCCAGUAUGGUCGACUACGGGUUUUCGUCCGGAGCAAAAAAGGCCAAUUUUCAAUUCGAGCAGCACGCCGAGGUGGCACAUAAACUCAUGGUAAAACUAGGGUACAAAGAAUACGUUGCCCAGGGAGGGGAUCUGGGCUACUUUGUGGUCCGCUUUCUAGCAAUGCUGUAUCCAGAGUCAUGUAAGGCACAGCACAUCAACAUGUGUCAUCCUCCCGAGAUCAGCGCUGCUUCCCAUCCUGUUCUAUGGGCCCAGUUCGAGGCGACUCCUCUUACCGAGCACGAAAAAGCUGGGAUUGCUCGUUCCCGUUGGUUCCGCGAAGAGGGAUUUGGGUACAAUCUUCUUCAGAGCACGAGGCCUCAGACUGCUGGCUACGCGAUCACCGCGAGCCCAGUGGCUCUCCUAGCCUGGAUCUAUGAAAAGCUUCAUGACUGGGCCGAUGACUACCCUUGGACCGAUGACGAAGCGCUCACCUGGAUCAGUAUCUACUACUUUUCUACCGCAGGAGCUGCGGCCUCACAGCGAAUCUAUUAUGAGAAAACUCAUCGUACGCCAAGAAAUGGGUUUCCCCUCAAAGACGCUCAUCUCGAAGUCCAGCGAUACAUUGAUGUGCCUCUUGGAUAUUCACGAUUCCCGAAAGAGAUCGUUCUGCUACCUAAUAUAUGGGUAAAAGCGAUGGGACCCCUAGUGUUCCUCGCUGAACACAAAAAAGGUGGCCAUUUCGCCGCCUGGGAGCUGCCAGAGGUUUUGGUUCAGGACUUGCGGACUAUGUUUGGGAAGGGCGGCGGAGCCUAUGGUGUGGUUCCUGGAAAAUCAGGCUACGACCAGUAG